CUUUCUUGAAAUCACGACACACCUAUUUGCACUGACUGCAAAGAACACACAGCUUUGUAGACGCUUUUAUAAUUUAACUAAAUCUCCAUACCCCCUUAUUUUAUUUCCCUUGUAUUAAUGUGGGGGGUUCUGUCGGAAUUUUAAAAUCAACAAAUAAACAACAAUUUAAAAAAGAUUUUUUCAUCCCCGUGAAGGAAGAAUGGCGUUUUGGGCCGCUACCUUUGUCUUGGCUGCACUGUGGCCCAGCGCUUUGUCUGUGACACGGUACUCCAUAGCCGAGGAGAUGGAGAGGGGCUCUGUUGUGGCUAAUCUCGCUGCGGAUUUGGGACUUGAGCUCGGAGGUUUGGCACAACGAGAGGUAAAACUUGAUAUCUUCACUAACAAAAAAUAUCUAGACUUUAACAAAAAGACUGGGGAGCUUUACAUCGUGGAAAAAAUAGACAGGGAAUAUCUCUGUCCGGCGAAGCCAACAUCUUGCUUUUUAAAGCUUGAUUUUAUUAUAGAAAGCCCGUUACGCAUCUUCAACAUUGAGCUCGGAAUAACAGAUAUAAACGACAACGCUCCACAUUUUCGAAGAGACAGAGUAGAGCUCGACGUUUCAGAAUCCGCCACGCCGGGGGAGAGAUUCUCACUGCCCAAUGCUGUAGAUCCAGAUGUUGGCAUAAACACGAUCAAAACAUAUAGACUGAGCACCAGUGAACAUUUUACCAUAGAAAUUCAGACCGGCAGUGACGGAACUCAGUAUGUGGAUUUGGUAUUAACGAAAUCGUUAGACAGAGAGGAGAAAGCUGUGCAUAAAUUAAUCCUGACUGCUGUAGAUGGAGGUGUCCCUGUGCGCUCCGGCACCGCUAACAUUAUAGUCAGAGUGCAGGACACAAACGACAACCCUCCACGGUUUGAGAAGCAGAUUUACACAAUAAACAUGACAGAAAACACUCCAAUAGGAACUCUGGUGAUUAAUCUUAACGCUACUGAUCUUGAUGAGGGACUUAAUUCAGAGAUUGUGUAUUCAUUCACUCUUUACACGUCGGAAAAAACGCAAGACGUUUUCACAUUGAAUUCUAACACAGGAGAGAUAAGUGUUAAAGGAACUAUAGAUUAUGAAGAUAUGAAAUUUUAUGAGAUGCACAUUGAAGCAAAGGAUAAAGGGACACACCCCCUGCUGGGGCAGUGUAAAAUAGUGGUUCAUGUGACGGAUAUGAAUGAUAAUUUCCCAGAAAUAACUGUACAGUCUGUUACAAACACAGUACCGGAAAAUAUACCCGUCGGGACAGUUAUUGCGCUGGUAGGCAUAAGUGACCGAGACACAGGCGAUAACGGAAAAAUAAACUUAGCCAUCCAUGAGGCCAUGCCGUUUGUUCUUAACAAAUCCUCAGACAAACCCACACAUUACAACCUGAUAGUGUCUGAGCCGUUAGAUCGCGAAAAGGUACCUGAAUAUGACAUAACACUGAUUGCGACGGAUGCAGGAAAACCUGCCCUGUCUGAUAAUGAAACAAUUACGGUGCACCUGUUGGAUGUUAACGAUAACGCGCCACAGUUCCCCCAGUUAUUUAAUACUAUACGUGUUAUGGAGAAUAAUGCACCUGGAGCCUUGCUCAGCUCGCUCACUGCAUUUGACCCUGACCUCCAUGAAAACCAGUAUCUAGUUUAUUUCAUCAUAGAGAGGGAGAUUGCCAACACCUCCAUGUCCAUGCUGUUCUCCAUCAAUCCAGAGAACGGGAACCUUUACGCACUGAAAACCUUUGACUAUGAGAUUGAGAAGGAGUUUCUUUUCCACAUUGAGGCCAGAGACUCUGGUUCUCCUCCUCUCAGCAGUAACGUGACCGUUCACAUCAUCAUUGUGGACCAAAAUGACAACGCUCCAGUUAUUGUCUCUCCAUGGCGCGCUCAUGGCUCAGUGGUGGAGGAGAAGAUCCCCAGAUCCACUGAUAAAGGCUCCCUGGUGGCUAAAGUGAUCGCCUUAGACACAGACUCUGUGCACAACUCUCGGAUUACCUACCAGUUUCUGCAGGUGACUGAUGCUUCCUUGUUCAGUCUGGACCAAUACAACGGAGAGAUCCGGACUAUGAGGAUGUUCAGUUACAAAGACUCACGCCACCACAGACUGGUUGUUGUUGCCAAGGACAACGGGGAGCCUGCUCUCUCUGCUACAGUCACCAUCAAGCUGCUGACAGUGGAGACUGAUGUUAAGGCCUACUCUGACAUGACUGAGAUGCCUCUGGAAUAUGACAUCUUUUCAGACAUAAACCUGUAUCUGGUCAUCGGUCUGGGCUCGGUGUCAUUUCUCCUGCUCAUCACCAUACUGGUCACCAUCGUGCUGAAGUGUCAGAAACCCAAACCCAGCAAAGCUGCUCCUCCCAGCAGGAACAGCGUGAUCAGUGAGAGGAACUCCACCAUUGCAGACUCCACUCUGGUCUCCAACGAUGCCUACUGGUACAGUCUGUUUCUAGCAGAGACCAGGAAAGGAAAGCUGGUGGUUAGACAGCCUGUGCCAAAGGGCUCCAGAUACAUCGUGUCCAGCAUCCCGAGAGGGACAGGACUGUCAGAGACUAGUGACUCAGCAGCUUCUACUCUGCAGGUGAGUACUCUUUUGAACAUUUUCUUAUGUCUGUUAUCAUGCAGUUUCAAUGUAUUUUGUGAAAAACAUUUAAGCUCAGACAGAUUUUUCAAUACGUAA